AUGGCUGAAGGUGCUCCCAAGGCUCCUGUGGUCGCAGAGGCCCAUGAGGUCGACACUUUCCGCCUGGAGGAUUAUCAGCAGCUCUACAAGGAGUCCAUCACAGAGCCCGAGAAGUUCUGGGGAAGAACCGCCCGUGAACUCCUGUCGUGGUCCAAGGAUUUCCAGACAGUCCACGCCGGCAGCUUCGAGGGCGGCGAUAAUGCUUGGUUUUUGGAGGGAGAGCUCAAUGCUUCAUACAACUGUGUUGAUCGCCAUGCCAUCAAGGACCCCAACAAGGUUGCCAUCAUCUACGAGGCCGACGAGCCGAAUGACGGCCGCACACUCACCUACGCAGAGCUUCUCCGCGAGGUCUGCAAGACUGCCUAUGUCCUGAAGCAGAUGGGCGUCAAGAAGGGCGACACCGUUGCCAUAUAUCUGCCCAUGAUUCCCGAGGCCGUGAUCGCCUUUCUCGCCAUCACCCGAAUUGGUGCCGUCCACUCAGUCGUCUUUGCCGGCUUCUCAGCCGACUCUCUCCGAGAUCGAGUGCUCGAUGCUCAGUCCAAGGUCGUCAUCACCACUGACGAGGGCAAGCGUGGCGGAAAGCUCAUUGGCACCAAGAAGAUCGUCGAUGAUGCUCUGAAGCAGUGCCCCGACGUGUCGCACGUCUUGGUCUACAAGCGCACUGGUGCUGAUGUCCCAAUGACCAAGGGCCGGGAUUGGUGGUGGCACGAGGAGGUCGAGAAGUGGCCCUCGUACAUUGCUCCUGAGCCUAUGAACUCCGAGGACCCUCUGUUCCUCCUCUACACCUCCGGCUCGACUGGUAAGCCCAAGGGUGUGAUGCACACAACCGGUGGAUACUUGGUCGGCGCUGCUGCCACUGGCAAGUACGUCUUCGACAUCCACGACGGUGACCGCUACUUCUGUGGUGGUGAUGUCGGCUGGAUUACCGGCCACACCUAUGUAGUCUAUGCGCCGCUCCUCCUCGGUGUUUCCACUGUCGUUUUUGAGGGUACUCCUGCGUACCCCAAUUUCUCCCGCUACUGGGACAUCAUUGAGAAGCACCAGAUCACUCAAUUCUAUGUCGCCCCCACUGCUCUGCGGUUACUCAAGCGUGCUGGUGACCAGUGGGUGAAGAAUGAGAUGAAGCACCUGAGAGUCCUCGGUUCUGUCGGUGAGCCAAUUGCCGCAGAGGUCUGGAAGUGGUAUUUCGAGGUUGUUGGCAAGGAGGAGGCGCAAAUCGUCGAUACCUACUGGCAAACAGAGACUGGCUCCAACGUCAUCACACCUCUUGCGGGCGUCACUCCGACGAAGCCCGGAUCUGCUUCUCUGCCCUUCUUUGGCAUUGAGCCCGCGAUCAUCGAUCCCGUAUCAGGAGAGGAGAUCCACGGCAACGAUGUCGAGGGCGUGCUUGCUUUCAAGCAGCCGUGGCCUAGCAUGGCUCGCACCGUCUGGGGUGCGCACAAGAGAUACAUGGACACAUAUCUGAACGUGUACAAGGGCUACUACUUCACUGGUGAUGGUGCUGGCCGUGACCACGAGGGCUUCUACUGGAUUCGAGGACGUGUCGACGACGUCGUCAACGUAUCCGGUCACCGUCUGUCGACAGCUGAGAUCGAGGCUGCCCUGAUUGAGCACCACGCCAUUGCCGAGGCUGCCGUCGUCGGUGUUGCUGACGAACUGACUGGCCAGGCAGUCAACGCCUUUGUCGCCAUCAAGGAUGGCAAUGAGGCCAGCGAUGCCCUUCGCAAGGAGUUCAUCCUCCAAGUCCGCAAGAGCAUUGGUCCCUUUGCCGCUCCCAAGGCCGUCUACAUCGUGCCUGAUCUGCCCAAGACCCGCAGCGGAAAGAUCAUGCGCCGUAUUUUGAGGAAGAUCCUGGCUGGUGAGGAAGAUCAGCUCGGCGAUACCACAACUCUAUCGGACCCGACGAUUGUUGAUAAGAUCAUCACCGUCGUCCAUGACGCAAAGAAGAAAUAA